AUGAUCAUCUCGAUUCUGGAGACGUUUCAGAACGAGGACGGCUCUGUGACAAUUCCAGAAGUCCUCCGGCCGUACAUGAUGGGAAUGGAGGCGCCGCUGGCUUUCUAUUUGUGGCACCUCAUCAUACUUGAUAGAAGGAGCAUGUCACGAAGCAUUACAGUAGAUCCAAAGGAAAAUGUCCUCAGCAGUCAUAUAGAUACUACAACAGUCCAGCAAGAAACAUGCUGCUGGCAUCCGCCUGUGCACUCAGGCAGCUAA